CGGGAGGCGGGCACAAGCACCAGGUCGUAGGCCUGUGGCCUCGGAUCUGUCGGAGGCGGCGAUCGUGCAGCGGUCUCGCCGGCGCCAUGUCGUUCUGCAGCUUCUUCGGGGGCGAGGUUUUCCAGAACCACUUUGAGCCGGGCAUCUACGUGUGUGCCCAAUGUGGCUAUGAGCUGUUUUCCAGCCGCUCAAAGUACGCACACUCAUCCCCAUGGCCGGCCUUCACCGAGACCAUCCAUGCUGACAGUGUGGCCAAGCGUCCAGAGCACAAUCAGCCUGGAGCCUUAAAGGCAAAGAAACUUCUGCCUCCCAGGGACAGUAGGUGGGCAGCCCACACCCAUCCCAGAUGGACGCUGCUUCGUGGCCACACUCUGGACAUCCCACCUUAGAAGUGGAACCCCAGACAUUUGGACAGGGGAGCGGGGGGAGGGGGGUAGCUGAAACAUCAGGAAGGUUCCCGAGGCCUUGCCUCCGAACAGGCUAGGAGAAGGGAAAAGGCUGGGAAAAGGAGAAGGCUACACUUGGCUGCCAGGGAGGCCUGGAGGCCCCACUGUCGGCUCUCACAGGAGUCUCAGGGAGGGGGCUCUCUGCCUGGCUCGUCUUAGAGUGAUGGUGCAGCCCCCACCUUCUCUCCUCAGCCCACUGCCCCCUCCCUGCCUGUCUGGACUCACCCCCAUGAGGCCCAGUUCUGAGAUGGGCUCUGGCCCUCACUGAAGCUCUUGCCCGUCUCCAGCAGGCUGUGCUAGGAGAGAACGCAAACAGGGGCGGCCCCAAUUGGCUGCUCCAGCCCUGGUCACUCUAUGAUUCUCUCUGACUAAACCCUUCCAGGCAGCCAGAGUGGUGAUGAUCUGUGACCCGCUGGGGGAGCAGGCAGAGGGGACAGAUCUCUGGCCUCUCGGUUACGAAAGGAGAAAUCCCGAACCUUGUUGCACCAUCUAUGUGGAUGCUGCUUGCCCCACUCAGGCUUAGGAAAGCAGCUAUUGCUCCAUCACCUUGACUGUGCAAGGCUGGGGACCCCGGAGCUCACAGCCUACAGUACUGCUUCUGGGGACACAGUGACUGUGCCUCACUGCACAUGCUCUGAGGGUCCUGCCAUCAGGGAGGGUGGGCGAAGCCCCUUCCAUCUUGAAUCCUCUUUGGAGUAAUCAGGAGGAGAUCAAUAAACAAACAGAACCCAG